UUAUUUUGUAACUAAGUAGUAGUGUAGUACUAGUAGAAAGGUCCCAAAAAGGUCUUUCUCAUGAGAUGAUGCUCUAAAAAUUCUCCAUCUCACCUUUCUUUCUCCUAAUCCCAAACCUUUUUCACUCCCUUAAAAUCUCCAUUCGGAGCUUCAUAAGGUUCUAUGCAUCUCCUUGUCUGAUUCCAGGUCAGCACAGUCUUGAAAAGCUUUGAUUUUUCCCAUUUUCCAUCCGAAAGAAUCACAGAAAACUCCAGCUGUUUUGUUCUUUUUGCCGGAGUUUCUUCAGUAUCCGGGGAUCUGAAGUCUUUUUCUAUCUGGGUUCUGAAGCUUCUCAUAGUUUGAAGAGAACCCACUUAAAAUUUCUAAUUUUAUUUCUCAUUUUAGUAUUUUGAUUGUGAAAAUAGAGUCUUGAUCUUUGUUGACUACUGCAAUUCUAGAGACCCCAUUUGGCUGAAGGUUCCAGGAAAGUGAAUCGUCCCUAAAGUUUAGAGCUUGCCUCUUCGAUUUAGUCUAUUGUGGUGUUGAUCAAAGUAUAAAAGUACUUGGUUUCAUUUGAUCCGUGUUUCUUUUUCUUUGGGACUUGUUUGACUGAAUUCUGAAAUAUUUCAAGGUGAAUUUUUCGAAAUAUUUUUUGCAUUCAAAUGGGGAAUUGCUGCGCGGUACCGAAAAAUUCCGAUAAGAAAAAGAGAAAGGGCAAGCAUAAGCCAAACCCAUUUGCUUCUGAUAGCAAUGGCCAUGUGCCAAAAGGUGGGCACAAAUCUUAUGUGUUGCAAAAUCCAACCGGACAUAACAUCGAGGAAUUUUACGAGCUCGGGCGUGAGCUCGGCCGAGGUGAGUUUGGUGUCACGUAUUUGUGUACGGAUAAAACCAGUGGUGAAUCGUUAGCCUGCAAGUCGAUAUCCAAAAAGAAGCUUAGGACAAGGGUCGAUAUUGAGGAUGUUAGGCGAGAAGUUGAGAUAAUGAAGCAUUUGCCUAAGCACCCGAAUAUCGUGAGCUUGAAGCAUACUUAUGAGGAUGAUCAUGCAGUGCAUUUGGUUAUGGAGUUGUGUGAAGGUGGUGAGUUGUUUGAUAGGAUUGUGGCCAGAGGGCAUUAUACGGAGAGGGCUGCAGCAGCCGUGACUCGAACGAUUGUUGAGGUUAUUCAGAAUUGCCAUAAACACGGAGUGAUGCAUCGUGAUCUCAAGCCUGAAAAUUUCUUGUUUGGGAACAAAAAGGAAACAGCACCACUUAAGGCCAUUGAUUUUGGGCUGUCAGUUUUCUUCAAGCCUGGUGAGAGAUUCAAUGAGAUUGUGGGAAGUCCUUAUUAUAUGGCUCCAGAGGUUCUCAAGAGAAAUUAUGGACCCGAAGUCGAUGUUUGGAGUGCUGGUGUUAUUCUUUACAUCUUAUUGUGUGGUGUUCCACCCUUUUGGGCUGAAACUGAACAAGGUGUUGCCCAAGCAAUUAUUCGUUCGGUGGUGGAUUUCAGAAGAGAUCCUUGGCCUAAAGUUUCUGAUAGAGCAAAAGAUCUCGUCAAGAAGAUGCUUAAUCCUGACCCCAAACAGCGGCUUACAGCUCAAGAAGUUCUCGAUCAUCCUUGGCUACAGAAUGCAAAGAGUGCUCCUAAUGUUUCUCUGGGUGAAACUGUGAGAGCUCGGCUCAAACAGUUCUCGAUGAUGAAUAAGCUGAAGAAAAGGGCUCUGAGGGUGAUUGCCGAGCAUUUAUCGGUGGAAGAAGUUGCAGGGAUUAAAGAAGGAUUUCAAUUGAUGGACACGAGCAACAAGGGUAAAAUUGACAUUAACGAGUUUAGAGUUGGGCUGCACAAGCUCGGUUAUCAGAUUCCCGAAAGCGAUCUUCAAGCUCUGAUGGAAGCUGGUGACGUGGAUAAAGAUGGAUAUCUCGACUGUGGUGAGUUUGUUGCGAUCUCUGUACACCUGAAGAAGAUGGGAAAUGACGAGCAUCUCAAGAAAGCCUUUGAUUUCUUCGAUAAAAACAAGAGUGGAUACAUAGAAAUCGAAGAGCUCAGAGAUGCAUUUGCUGACGAGGCAGAGGAAACGAGCGAGGAAGUAAUUAACGCCAUUAUUCAAGAUGUCGACACAGAUAAGGACGGGCGUAUAAGUUACGAUGAAUUUGCAGCUAUGAUGAAAGCGGGCACGGAUUGGAGAAAGGCAUCGAGACAGUAUUCACGUGAACGCUACAACAGUCUAAGCUUGAAAUUAAUGAAAGACGGAUCUUUGGGAAUGGGAAGUGAAGUUCGAUAACCUCAAAAACAGACAUCAUCACAAAAUUUGCUUAACAGAUCACAAGAGAAGUGAACAAAAAAAACAUGAACUUGGGUUUUAGCUAUCUAAUUUAUAUUUGUUUCUGAUUUUUUCUUUUUGUUUUUUUCUAUUAUUUCUACAUCAUAUUGGUUGAAGGGUGUUUUUGGGUUGGUAAUGGCUACAUAUAUUCAUUAUAUACAGAUCAUCAGUGUUUACUGUUUAUGUUCAUCAUGAGUAAUGUGUUUGCUUGUUGCUUUGAUGUAAAA